AUGGAGUUCAACGAUUUUGGUGAUGAUGGAGGUCGAGCAGCUAAAUCUCUAAGACCAAAACUCAAUGCCUUUGUUAGCCACGUGACAACUCACACUGGUCAGCAAUUGCCACCAGUCCAUAUGAAGCUUCUCGUUGCUGCUGCUAUAGCCUUGAAAGGUAUUGGUGGUCUAUUGUUCGUCUUUGGCAGCUCCUUGGGAGCUUAUCUCUUGCUGAAUGACAAAAGAAAAACCUCUAAUAAACUCUUUAUGAAAUCCGGUUUUCAGCUUCUGCAUCAAGCCGUUGCAACACCGAUUCUGUAUGAUUUCUACAACUAUGAUGUUGACAGAAAAGAAUUCAGCCAACUGUUUUCAAAGUUCACUCAGAGCUUGGCACUACUUGGGGCACUGCUCUUUUUCAUUGGAAUGAAGAACUCGAGGAGACACGGUAGGCAACUCCGGAAGAAGGCUCCAAAAGCUAAAGCAAACUGA